AUGGCGCGAUUCCAAACAGAUACCCUGCCCGUCAUCCCCUUGGCCCGUGGCACCAUCCUCCUGCCCGGCGUCUCCCAGCGCAUCCUUGUCACCGCCUCCCGUCCCGACAUCCCCGCCCUCCUCGCUAACGUAUACACCCGCGCCGCUACCGCCGCCCCGAACGAGCGCAUCGACGCCGUCCCCAUCGCUUGCGUCCCCGUCUCUUCCCCUUUUGUCGGCCCCAACGGCCAGCUUCUCAUCCAAGAUGCCGACCACAUGGACGAGUCCCUCAUCAAGGAGGUCAACCCCGGUACCGCCCGCAAGGCUGACCUCUUCAAUUACGGCGUCGCCGCCCGCAUCACCGGCAUUGAGGGGAGGGGCACCGCUGAGUUCGCUCUUCGUGUAGAGGGCGUCGCCAGGAUCCGUGUUGAAAAGGUCACACAGGAGAGGCCGCAUUUUGAGGCCACGGUCAAGUACUUCUACGACCAAGUCGCCACGGAUGCACAGAUGCAAGAACUCUUCUCCCUUCUUAAACUGCGAUCACGAGAACUCGUCACUAUUCUCCGUAUAGCCGCACUCCUCCCCAGAACCCCAGACAGCCCCGGCGGCUUGUCCCCCCUUUUGACCCGGAGGCUCGAGAUAUUCAUUAACAAGAAGGAGCUCAACGACGCAGGCCUACUCGCCGACUUCAUGGCCAACAUUGUAGAGGCAUCGUACGAAGAGAAGCUCGAGGUACUGGCCGCCCUCGACGUCAAGGUUCGCCUUGCCAAGGUCAUUGAACUGCUGGACCGCCAGGUCAGCGGUAUCAAAAACAACUUCAAGAUCACCACAUUCACUAGCGUUCCUAUACAAUUCCUCGACAAAAUGAAUGACAAGUCGUCCCGCCGCGUCGGAUCAAACGGCACUCCGCCCAACUACCUAUUCCAAAAUCCCAACGGCGCCAUGGGCCCCAGCCAAGACGACGAACAGGAGCCCAACGAGCUGGAAGAGCUCAAGAAGAAGCUGGACAAGGCCAAUCUCCCGCCUGAAGCGGCCAAGAUGGCCGAGAGGGAGAUCCGAAGGCUUAAGAAGAUGAUGCCCGGCAACCAAGAAUACCAGGUCACCCGGACGUGGCUGGAUGUGCUUGCUGAAAUUCCUUGGUCUGUGACUACGGACGACAGACUGGGGCCCGACACGCUUGCCAGAGCCCGAAAGCAGUUGGAUGAGGACCACUAUGGCCUGGACAAGGUCAAGAAAAGACUAGUCGAGUAUCUGGCUGUACUGAGGCUCAAGCAAUCCAUUAACGACGAUGUUGACGAGCAGAUUAACAAGGCAGAGCAGGAGGCGGUGACUCCUAAAUCCAAAAAGGAGGCAGAGUCCGAGAAGAAAGAGGCCGCCGACGCCGAGAUGGAGGAGCGGACAAGGCUUUCCAACACCAAGAUCGAGGUGCUUCGGUCGAAGCGAAUGGUUGAUAGGUCACCCAUCAUGCUCUUAGCCGGCCCUCCUGGUGUAGGCAAGACAAGUCUGGCCAGGUCUGUCGCCACAGCUCUCGGUCGCAAGUUCCAUCGCAUCUCACUUGGUGGUGUCAGGGAUGAAGCCGAGAUUCGCGGUCAUCGGCGGACCUACGUGGCAGCCAUGCCUGGCCUGAUUAUUCAAGGUCUGAGAAAGGUCGGCGUGGCGAACCCCGUGUUCCUCCUCGACGAGAUCGACAAGCUGGGCAUGUCCAAUCAUCAAGGUGACCCAUCCGCGGCCAUGCUCGAGGUCCUGGAUCCCGAACAGAACAACUCAUUCACCGACCACUACGUUGGCCUGCCCGUCGACCUGAGCAAGGUAUUGUUCAUCGCCACCGCCAACAGCCUGGACACCAUUCCUGCCCCGCUUCUUGACAGGAUGGAGACAAUCUAUCUGCCGGGCUACACGACCCUUGAAAAACGCCACAUUGCAAUGCAGCACCUUGUGCCCAAGCAGAUCCGCGUCAACGGGCUCUCGGCGGACCAGAUCAGCUUUGACAAAGAGGUCGUGUCCAAGAUUAUCGAGUCGUACACUCGUGAAUCAGGGGUUCGCAACCUUGAGCGCGAGAUUGGCUCCGUCUGCCGUGCCAAGGCUGUCGAGUUCGCCGAGGCCAAGGACGGGGGACGGCUCGAGACGUACAGGCCGCAACUGACGGUCGACGAUAUUGAAGAGAUCCUGGGCAUCGAAAAGUUUGAGGAGGAAAUUGCCGAGAAGACGAGUAAGCCUGGCAUCGUUACCGGUCUGGUGGCGUACAGCUCGGGUGGCAACGGUAGUAUCCUGUUUAUAGAGGUCGCCGAUAUGCCCGGUAACGGCAGCGUCCAGCUUACCGGCAAACUGGGAGACGUGCUCAAGGAGAGUGUGGAGGUCGCCCUCUCCUGGGUCAAGGCCCAUGCGUAUGAGCUGGGCUUGACGUCGGAGCCCAAUGCCAACAUCAUGAAGGAGCGCAGCAUCCACGUCCAUUGCCCCUCGGGCUCCAUUCCCAAGGACGGCCCCAGCAGUGGUAUGGCGCAGGCGAUUGCCCUCAUUUCUCUCUUUUCCGGCAAGCCUGUGCCUCCUACAAUGGCCAUGACGGGCGAGAUAUCCUUGCGGGGUCGUGUCACUGCCGUCGGAGGCAUCAAGGAGAAGCUCAUCGGCGCCCUUCGGGCGGGCGUCAAGACGGUGUUACUCCCCGCGCAGAAUCGGAAGGAUGUCAAAGAUCUCCCCCAGGAGGUCAAGGACGGUUUGGAGAUCCUCCAUGUCAAUCACGUCUGGGAGGCCAUUCGGCUUGUCUGGCCCGACUCCCAGUGGCCCGGUGCGGAGCCGUUCCCUCCCAUCGAGAGUCGAUUGUGA